CAACAAUGGUUUCACUAUCUUCAGUGUGCCAUUGGUAAGUGAGUGUACCCACUCUCCCUCCUCUCUCUCUCUCUCCUUCUUCGACUCUCUGGAUCCACCAGAUUUGAAUUCAUUGAUGCACAUCUUCUGAAGAUUGGGAUUUUGGGGGUGUGAUUGAUUGUUCAUUAACGGAGAGAAAGAAAGAAAGAAAAGAAAAAUUAAAAAUGGUGAUUUCUGAUGAGAACAUCUCUAACUCAAUCAACCCCACAAAUCUCCAAGGAGGUUUAGAUUAUAUGGAUACAAAAAAAACUGGGCAGAAUAGAAGAGCUUUAAGUGUUAUCAAUCAGAGUGUGGUGGAAGGUAGACAUUACCCUUGCAUUGUGAACAAAAGGGCAUUUGCAGAAAAACAUGCAGUUUGUGAGAAGAAGCAGGUGGAUCCAGUGCACCGACCCAUCACAAGGAGGUUUGCUGCACAAAUUGCUACCACACAACAGUUUCGGGAUGAGGAAAACAAAAGGAAUACAAACCAUUCCAAUCGCUUUGGAGAGUAUAUACUCAUUGAUGAUGAACACAAGUCAGUGGAAGAUCAGCCGGUGCCGAUGUCUCUGGAGCAUACAGGGCAACUGGACAAUGAUUCAGAUCAGAUGGAGGAAGUUGAGAUGGAGGAUAUAGAUGUUGAAGAGCCCAUUGUGGACAUUGAUAGCGGUGAUGCAAAUAAUACUCUUGCAGUUGUGGACUAUAUUGAAGAACUUUAUAUCCAUUACAGAAAAAUGGAGAGGACUAGUUGUGCCUCGCCAAAUUAUAUGACGCAACAAUUUGACAUUAACGAAAGGAUGAGGGCUAUACUGAUUGACUGGCUAAUUGAGGUGCAUGAUAAGUUUGAGCUCAUGCAUGAAACAUUGUUCCUUACAGUUAACCUCAUAGAUAGAUUCUUGGAAAAGCAGACAGUGGUAAGAAAGAAGCUUCAGUUGGUUGGUCUGGUUGCAAUGCUUUUGGCAUGCAAGUAUGAGGAAGUUUCUGUGCCUGUUGUUAGUGAUUUGAUCCUUAUAUCAGACAAGGCAUAUACAAGGAAUGAAGUUUUGGAUAUGGAGAAGUUGAUGCUGAACACAUUGCACUUUAACAUGUCUGUUCCAACAGCAUAUGUUUUCAUUACAAGGUUCCUAAAGGCAGCACAAGCAGACAGAAAGCUUGAGCUACUAGCUUUCUUCUUGGUAGAACUAUCUCUAGUGGAGUAUGAGAUGCUUAAGUUCUCGCCGUCUUUGCUAGCUGCAGCUGCAGUCUAUACAGCUCAAUGCACCGUCUUCGGCUUCAGACAGUGGAGCAAGACAUGUGAAUGGCAUACCAAUUACACAGAAGAGCAACUAUUAGAGUGCUCGAGUUUAAUGGUUGGUUUCCACCAGAAGGCAGGGUCAGGGAAACUUACAGGGGUGCAUCGGAAGUACUGUUCUUCAAAGCACAACUACACUGCAAAAUGUGAAGCAGCAAGUUUUCUUCUUGAUAACUCAUUGUUGUAGCAGCCACAUGUAUAGCUAGCUAUUAACAAAACAGCCACAACUACAAACUUGACUUUUACUUGGGUUGCAGCAUAUUUGGGGAAUCAUAGAUUUUAUUUCUAGGAUCAUCCCCCUCUGAUGAUGCUUUUUCUUACUUCUAAAUUUACUUUCAUUUAGUCCCUUUACUUUUACAUUAUGUUCCUAUGGUGGGAACAUAACUUUGUCCAAAUCUGUAUUUCUUCUUGUUCCAUUCAACAAAAUAAUGGAAAUGAUUGGUAUAGAAACAAUUUCAUUCAUUAUGAGAAGUAUUUGAUUAUUGCUC